CUUAUGCAUAAAUAUCAAGAAAAGUUCGAAAAUAUGAAAAAUUGAUGAAUUGGUAGGUUAUGUUAGAUAAGGUUGACUAUCGCCUAAGGCUCACUGUGCGCAUGCUCACGCGGUUAGAAUAAUUAAAAUUGCUCUCCAUUUAAGGAUACUAUAAAGCGUAUUACGGAACAUAGCUAAUUUUAAAAUUAUUUCUAUUUUAUUAAUUGGUUCAUUAAUAGUAUUUUUUCUCAAUUAAAGUGAUAUAUUGUUGGUCAUUCUAACUUUCGCGCCCUGUUAGCCCUUGCAAAGGGGGGGAUAAUACGUUGUUCGGAUUUUAUCAUGUAGUGGGUGCUCUUUUUAUUAUUGAAUACCCGGUGUCGUUAGUUUACGUCAACUUCUUGUUUCAUAACAAAAUAUAGAAAAAAGUUGUGUCGUGCUAGUCGAAUACGUUGGGCCUCUAUGACGCAGUGAUGUUAAGUCCAACAAAAUAUUUCGAAUUAACUUCGGGCCCCAAAGAUUCCGUUAGUUGUUUGGAAUUUUCUCCGUCAACACUUCUGCAAAAUUUUUUAGUGGCCGGAAGUUGGGAUCACAGUGUUAGAUGUUGGGAUGUUGAACAAGGCGGAAAGACAGUUCUAAAAUCAAAACAGACUUAUAAACUACCAGUUGUAGAUGUUUCUUGGAGUGAUGAUGGAUCAAAGGUUUUUAUGGCUGGUUGUGACAGAGAAGUCAAAGUAUGGGAUUUAGGGAGUAAUCAAACCGUGCAUAUUGGAGCUCAUAAAGCAUCAAUUGAAACAUGUCAUUGGUUUAAAGGUUCGAAUUAUUCAUGCUUAAUGACUGGGUCGUGGGAUAAAACUUUAAAGUUUUGGGAUAUCCGCAGUCCAUCUCCCAUGAUGAGUAUCAGACUUCCAGAAUAUUGCUAUUGUGCAGACGUUGAUUACCCAUUUGCUGUUGUUGCAACUGCCGGUCGAAAAAUUAUUGUUUAUCGACUUGAAGGCAAACCUCAGCAGUUUAAAACUUACGAAAGUCAACGAUGUGAACACAAAUGUAUUGCUCUUUUUAGGGAUGAGAAACAAGAACCAGCUGGUUAUGCAUUGGGUUAUGCAGAAGGACGAGUAGCGAUUCAACAUCUGAAUUCAUCAAAUCCAAGCGAUAACUUUGUGUUCAAAUGUCAUAGCUCUCAGCCUGUAAAUAAUCUGGCGUUUCAUCCGGUCCACGGAACGUUAGCUACGGUUGGUUUUGAUGGAGCAUUUAAUUUUUGGAAUAAAGACACAAGAACCGCAUUGAAGACGAAUUGGAAAGCGUUGCCGAAACAGUCGAUUACUCGUUGUGCUUUUAAUCAUGAUGGCCAAAUAUUUGCUUACACCGCGGAUGACAAAUGGAGCAUGGAGGAUGGAUACAGUACUGAGAAAAAGAAACAAUAUCUUUUUCUUCGAUCGUGUAAAGGUGAAUUAAAGUCGACUACAUCAUAAAAAUUGUUUGUAUUUGGUUUUAAGUAGAUGUUGUGUAAGCAAUAAAUAUAUUUUUUUACGCUUUGAAAGUUCUAUGAUCUUGAUAACCUAAAAGAUAACCUAUAGUAAAGUGAUGAUUGUUAUUUUUAUUAAAAAUGUUAAUGUUUUGAAAAUACUUCUUCCUAGAAAAAGAGAAAAAAACGCGUUGCUUAUAAAUUAAUAUUUCUAGAACUAAAACACUGCGGAGCUAAUGCUUUGAUAAUAGCGAGAGCAAGUUAGGACAACCAUUUUUUUCCAACAACAGCAUUUUAGAAAAAGUUGUAGCAAACUUUAUUCUUAACAAUAUUGCUCUUUAAC